AUGGGGAGGAUGGAGCAUUCAGCCAGCAGGAGGGCCCAGGGAGACAACCUGAGCUACUUCCUAGAGGAUCCAGGCACCGGGACGCUGUACAGGAGGGGCCAGCUCUUGGGAAAGGGGGCUUUCGGCCGGUGCUACAAGUUCACGGACACGUCCACUGGCAAAAUCUACGCCAUCAAGAUCGUCCCCCAGUCCCGCAUCUCCCGGCUGGAGAGCAGGGGGAAGGUCGAGAGGGAAAUCGAGCUGCACAGCCACCUGAGCCAUCAGCAUGUCGUGGGCUUCCACCAGCACUUUGCUGACCGAGACAACAUCUACAUGAUCCUGGAGUACUGCAGCCACAAGUCCCUUGCCCACAUCCUGAAGGCCAGGAAAACUCUGACGGAGCCAGAGGUCCGCUAUUACCUGAGGCAGAUCAUUGCUGGGCUGCGCUACCUCCACCAGCAGGGCAUCAUCCACCGUGACCUCAAGCUGAGUAACUUCUUCCUCACAAAGAACAUGCAGGUGAAGAUCGGGGACCUGGGGCUGGCGAGAAGAGACGAGCAGGCCGGCCGGAGACGGGGCGUGGUGUGUGGGACGCCCAACUACCUGGCCCCCGAGGUGAUCGCCAAGAAGGGGCACUCCUUCCAGUCUGACAUCUGGGCCCUGGGCUGCAUCCUGUACACCGCUCUGACAGGCUGCCCCCCCUUUGAGAUCACCCACAAGCAGGAGAUGUACCAGUGCAUCCGGGAGGGCCGGUACCCUACUCCCAACCACCUCUCGCCAGGUGCCAGGAAGCUGAUCGGCUGCCUGCUGGCGCCCAGCCCCUUGGAGCGGCCCAGCCUGGAGGAGGUGCUGGAGCACGAGUUCUUCACCCAGGGUUUCACUCCGGACAAGCUGCCAUCCCGCGCCUGCCACUCGGUGCCCGUCUUCGCCCUGCCCAGCCCGAUCGGCAAGCUCCUGAAGAAGGCGGCCAAGGUGCUGUUCAGGGGGUUGCCGUGCCAGGAGCCCCGGGCAGGUAGCCCAGUGCCCGCCAAGGAGCCGGAGAGGCUGAUGAGCCGAUCCCAGCAGGCUCAGAACCUGCCCAGCCUGGAGCGGCACAGCGAGGUGGAAAGAGGCCGUGUCCAGGCUGCGCCAUUUGCCGAGGCCCCCAGCAUGGUCUCCAUCCAUCUGCUCAUGACAGGAGCCCUCAGGCCCAGCCGCUCUGGUGCCGACUCAGAUGCAGGCUGGAGUGUGGCGAGCGCGGUGCAGUCAGUCACCAGGGUGCUGAGCAGCUGCCUGGAGAACAUGCCUCUGGGCGAGCACAACCCCGUGCAGCUCCUGGCACUGCCCGUCCUCUGGGUCACCAGGUGGGUGGAUUAUUCCAACAAGUAUGGCUUCGGCUACCUGCUCUCGGAUGGCACACGGGCGCCCUGCUCGCCGGAUGGCACCCACCUCGCCCUGUGCUUGCAGUCACCGCGUGUCUACUACUGCCCGGGGCGCGGGGAGGCCGCCGUGUCCUUCCCCCGGAGCGCCGUGCCCACCUCCCUGGCCACGAAGAUGGGCAUCUUGCACUUCUUCUCCCAGUACAUGCAGCAGAAGCUGCUGGAGGGGGGGGACGAGCCGGCGGGUCCCAGCAGCUCCACGGACGCCCCCUGUCUCCUGUGCUGCGCCAAGUCGGACCGGGCACUGCUGAUGCUCUUCAGCAAUGGGACGCUGCAGGUCAAUUUUCUAUCACGACCACACCAGCUGGUGCUGAGCUGCCCAGGUGGGCACCUCCUGACCUUCAUCGAUGAGCAGCGCAUCAGUGCCACCUUCCCCGCUGGCGCCCUUGCUGGGGGCUGCGCCCCGGCCCUGCGGGAGCGCCCGUAUUCCCUUGACAUGGCCCACUGCCUGUAG